AUGUUCUCCCUCAAGCCUCCCAGACCCACCUUCAGGUCCUACCUCCUGCCGCCGCCCCAGACUGACGAUAAGAUUAAUUCGGAACCGAAGAUUAAAAAACUGGAGCCAGUCCUUUUGCCAGGAGAAAUUGUCGUAAAUGAAGUCAAUUUUGUGAGAAAAUGCAUUGCAACGGACACAAGUCAGUACGAUCUGUGGGGAAAGCUGAUCUGCAGUAACUUCAAAAUUUCCUUUAUUACGGAUGACCCGCUGCCGUUACAGGUGUGUGUUAUUUGUGUGCUGUUUUAUUGGAUCAAGGAUUUGACUCUGAGCGUAAAUGACCACAAGAGGAAGCAGAAAGUCCUAGGUCCCAACCAGAAACUGAAAUUUAAUCCAACAGAGUUAAUUAUUUACUGUAAAGAUUUCAGAAUUGUCAGAUUUCGCUUUGAUGAAUCAGGUCCUGAAAGUGCCAAAAAGGUAUGCCUUGCAAUAGCUCAUUAUUCCCAGCCAACAGACCUCCAGCUACUCUUUGCAUUUGAAUAUGUUGGGAAAAAAUACCACAAUUCAGCCAAUAAAAUUAAUGGAAUACCCUCAGGAGGUGGCCGGGGGGCUAGUGGUGGCAGCAUCCAAAACACUCCGCUCUUCGAAACGUACUCAGACUGGGACCGAGAAAUGAAGCGGACAGGUGCUUCCGGAUGGAGAGUUUGUUCUAUUAACGAGGGUUACAUGAUAUCCACUUGCCUUCCAGAAUACUUUGUAGUGCCAAGUUCUUUAGCAGACCAAGACCUGAAGAUCUUUUCCCAUUCUUUUGUUGGAAGAAGGAUGCCACUCUGGUGCUGGAGCCACUCUAAUGGCAGCGCUCUUGUGCGAAUGGCCCUCAUAAAGGACGUGCUGCAACAGAGGAAAAUUGACCAGAGGAUUUGUAAUGCAAUUACUAAAAGUCAUCCACAGAGAAGUGAUGUUUACAAAUCAGAUUUGGAUAAGACCUUGCCCAAUAUCCACGAAAUACAGGCAGCUUUUGUGAAACUUAAGCAACUAUGCGUUAAUGAGCCUUUUGAAGAAACUGAAGAAAAAUGGUUGUCUUCACUGGAAAAUACUCGGUGGUUAGAAUAUGUAAGGGCAUUCCUUAAACAUUCAGCAGAGCUCGUGUACGUUCUAGAAAGCCGACAUCUCUCCGUCAUCCUACAAGAGGAGGAGGGAAGAGACUUGAGCUGUAUUGUAGCUUCUCUUGUUCAAGUGAUGCUGGAUCCCCAUUUUAGGACAAUUACAGGAUUUCAGAGUCUGAUCCAGAAGGAGUGGGUCAUGGCCGGUUAUCAGUUCCUAGACAGAUGCAACCACUUAAAGAGAUCCGAGAAAGAGUGUCCCUUAUUUCUGCUGUUCUUGGAUGCCACGUGGCAGCUCCUGGAACAGUACCCGGCGGCCUUCGAGUUCUCGGAGACGUACUUAGCAGUGCUGUACGACAGCACCCGCAUCUCCCUCUUCGGCACCUUCCUCUUCAACUCUCCUCACCAGCGGGUGAAACAAAGCACGGAAUUUGCUAUCAGCAAGAAUAUCCAGUUGGGUGAUGAAAAGGGUCUAAAAUUCCCCUCGGUUUGGGACUGGUCUCUCCAGUUCACAGCAAAGGACCGCACCCUUUUCCAUAACCCCUUGUACAUCGGGAAGAGCACGCCCUGCGUCCAGAACGGUUCUGUGAAAUCUUUCAAACGGACAAAGAAAAGCUACAGCUCCACGCUGAGAGGAAUGCCGGCUGCCUUCAAGAACGGCGUCCUCGGCGACCAAGACUUAGUCCCCAGGAGAAAUUCGUUAAUCCUACCAGCAAAGCCCGAGCCCCCUCAGCACCCCGACAGCCGGCAGAGCGGGCUGGAGCGCUACUUCACCGAGUGGUGCUCCAGACCGGCCGACCUGCACGGCGUCCUUCUGCCGCACGUGUCCGGGCCGCGCGUGAAGCUCUGGAAACUCUGCUACUUCCGCUGGCUGCCGGAGGCGCAGAUCAAGCUCGGCGGCUUCAUCACUGCCUUUCACAAGCUCUCGGUGCUGGCCGACGAGGUGGACGCGCUCAGCAGGACGCUGCGGCAGCCCCGGGCCGGCCCCCCGCAAGCCUGCUCUCCGGGGCUGGACAAGAGCAGGAUGUACUUCCGGGCCGACGGCCCGCACGACGCCUCGGGGACGCCGGACUUCCUCUCCUCCUCCUUUCCCUUCUCCCCCGUAGGCAACCUGUGCAGGCGAAGCAUUUCGGGAACGCCACUAAGCAAAUUUUUAAGUGGGGCCAAAAUAUGGUUAUCUACUGAGACACUAGUAAAUGAAGACUGAAGGGUCCUAUUUGCUGAACGUUUGGAGGGAAGCCACAGACUUCUCCUCUGAAUUAAAAUUGCUAACCUAGGCAUUUGAGGCUCUAAGAAUUUUCUAUGUCAGAAUAACAGAGGAAAUUUGCACUAAUAUUUGGAAACCUGUUGAAUUAGGCUUCCUUCGUAAUUUUUUUUUUUUUUUAGAAACAGGCGGAACUUCUCUUUUUGAUGGCCUCUUUUUGCCAUUGCAGGUCUGGCCCAGUUGUAGGUGAUCUGGAGGCAGACCUUCCCCCACUCUUACUACUGUGAGCAAACCAGUUAACAGGAAAGUUAGGAAAUUAGUGUGUAGUAGAUUUUCAAGAUGCAUCCGGUAAGCACCCCCCACAGGCGUUAGGAGGUAUUCAUAGAUUUUUUCCGGUCACUGUCCGGUCACUGUCCGUUCUCUGCGAUCACCUGAGGGCUUAGUAUUUCCAAGGCCAUAAUUUAUUGUAGAUCACCUUGUUUGGGACCAUAGGUCACUGUGUUUUAAAAUCCUGAGUUUGCUUUCACCUUCAUAGGACUAAUAUGCACGGUUGACUUCGAAAGCAUUCGCUGUAGAUAAUACCAACUUAGAAGUGCCUUUGACAUUAAUAUUAAUUAAGGUACGCAUUAACACAAAGUAAACCACAGUUGCAGUUUUUAAAAUAAGGGUGUUAAAAGCCUGCAUAUUGGAAACAGGCUUUUCACCUCGGAGCUUCCUGCCGGUAGCCAGGAGUCCCCCAAAGCACAUUGCCUUCCCUCUGAGAGUCAGCGAGGACAAGCGGGCGUGAGGGGAGGUCCGCGUUGGUGGGACCGCAGCCGGGGAGAGUGCUGUCCGCCGAAACCCUCCCGCAGAAAGAGCCGGCUGGCUCCCGGGCGUUUGGGGCGUCGCCGUCUAUGCCCAGGGUGGUGGGCGGUCGCGGAGAUCACUAAGGCGGCCGUGAGUCCGCUCGCCUGUGCGGAAGGCCCUCCUCCCCCCGACGAAGUGCCUGGCAGCGCCGUAGAGCCAACAGGGCAAACGACAGUGCACUUCUCUCAAAAGACCGCCAUUUCCGUGUGGAGAGAAGCCCCCCGCCCCCCGGCCUCUGCCAGCCAUGCGGAGAGGGAGAAGCGCGCACACAGGUGUGUGGGGGUCACCCCGUGGGACCGGAAGCGAGCGAGCGCCGCGGGCUCCUUACGGCAGUGGCCUUCACCCCUCCCUCCGAUGCGCACUCCCAGGCCCUGUUGACAGGUGGAUGUUUUCAAAUUGGGCUGUUACUUAGAGUUUCUUCAUUAAACUGCCGUCUUAAGCUUUACAGAAGUUUUGCAGUGAAGUGGUUAAUCUUUUCUAAAACAAGUUUUUUCAGAGCAGUGUUUUACUGUCCCGUGUAAUGAAUAGCUGUUUCUGUUUGAAUUAUUCGCCUUUUUAAGAUUGAUGUCUCUGGACUUUGAGGACAGAAGUUUUCAUAAAAUGUCUUCGGAAAUUCAUCUGUGGAUUAGCCCAGUGUUUUUGCCAACCUAGGCCUAGAAAGUCGGGGCUUUUCUCAGUAGCACUGUUACUACUAAACGUUUUAUAGUCCCUGAUUGGAAACCAGUCCCAGGCCCCUUAAAAUCCCACAGCGUAUCCUGCCACAGAAAGUGUCAUAAUUCUCCCUUUUUGAUUAAGCUGCCUUUUUAUUAUUACAAAUUAUUCUAAACUGGGGGGUUUUGGAGAGGGAUUGUUGAGCAUUUGUAUCUUUAUACUUCUCUUUCCUCACACAUUUAUCUCAACUCCUUGAGCAAUUUUUUUGUUAAUUUACAAGUUUAAAGGAGAUUAGGUACUAUCAAUACUGUUUUAAAAUAGAAAAUGUGCAUAUUUUUGUAUGAUAAUCAAACGUAGUAAAAUACGGUUUUUCGUUUUAUUUUCGCUGGACAGUUGUAUCAUGAUUACCGUGCCGCAGGUUACCGCGCAUAACAUGAUGUACAGCUGUAACGGCGUCAAGUCGUAGCCAUCGUAAGGCUGCCGGCACCCCU